AUGGCAUUGUUAAGCUGUGUUUUUGCAUUAUGUUUUUCUGCAGGCUCCAGUCCUCCACUCUUCUCAGCCCGUUUUUUCCUGGUGGUGGUAGAAUUAACAGGGACAGGGAGAUCAUUGCUCCACAUGUGGCAUCUCUGUCUCAAUGCUCUAUCUGUCAGUAUGGAGGAGACAAAUGCAGAGAAGGACCCGUCUAAAUCUUCCUUCACCAACAACUCCCAGUUUAAUUUUGAUUCAGUGUGUCCUCCAGUGACAGUGAAGAGUAAAUCGUGCACCUCAAACCUGCAGAGCGCCUGUCGCCUCAGCCUCAGCUCCCAGAGGGUCUACAGCCAAGAGCUUCCCCUACCUGUGGGAGUGGAGACCAUCAGUGUGAGGCCGGCAGCAGGUCACCUCAGUGCAUCCUGUUCACUGCCUGCGGGUGGUGUGCCUUACCUCCUUGCCACGUCCUGCUCUGAUGGGACAGUUCGAUUCUGGAGGUGCAGUGUUACGCCCUCUGAUACCCCCGGGGCAGAGGAGCAGCAAUACCAGUGGGAGGAGUGGCCUCUGCAAGUAGAACAAGAUCUUCCAAACAACAGCGCAGUCACUUUACCGGGGUCUCCCAUUGAGGUCAGCUGCUGCCACACAGGGCGGAUAGCUGUGGCGUACAAACACAAGACAAACUCUCCUCUAAACUCGGCUCCUCUUCACAGUUUAAACACGUUUUUGACUCCACCCUCUCUAAUGUCCUCCCCGCAUCCUCACGUCAACAGUACGCACUUAGUUCCAAAUCUUACCAUCAAGCACAGUCUAAAUGCCCCUCCCAGCCCACACGUUACCAACAACAAAAUUCCCAGUGUCCAUAUUGGCAUCUUCCAGUGUGAGUCCACAGGAGGCGCUCAGUGGAUCCUAGAACAGACCAUAGUCCUGGACAAUGUGGACCCCUUAACUCCCAAUGACAUUAACAACAUCACACCUGAAAAUCUCCCAAAUUGCACCAUGGAUUAUACUAUACCUGCUGAGAAUUGUAAUGGAUGGUCUGGUAAAAGUUUGGUUCAUAUGGACUGGGUUUCACAGGAAAAUGGAUCGCAUGUUCUUACAGUUGGUAUAGGAACAAAGAUUUUUAUGUAUGGACUUUUGGCUGGUAAACCUCCCGAGCUAGGUCUCUCAUCUUAUGGCAGCAAAGACCACUGUUUAUCUCAACUGGUACUACUUCGAACUGUGAAUCUUGUAUCUUCUGUUGAGGGCACACUACCUAUCCCUGUCUCUCUAUCCUGGGUUCGAGAUGGGAUCCUAGUUUUGGGAAUGGACUGUGAAAUGCAUGUUUACUCCCAAUGGCAACCGCCUAAACCACCGCAACCUUCAGUGUUAACUAUACCAGACACAGACAUCAGCAGCAGCAUCUCCUCCAUCUCCUCUGCUGUCCGGCAAUUUACAGAGGAGUCAACUACAGCUACAACUCCCUUCGCCCCAUCUUCAGUUUUCACAAAAAAGCAGUCUAUGAGAUCAAUGAUGAGUUUAGCGCAGAAACUCAGUGGGAAAAAGACUGCCUAUGAUCUGCCUGUUGAAAUGGAGGACUCAGGACUCUUUGAAGCUGCUCACAACCUCUUCCCCACUCUGCCCCAGUACCACCCAUUUCAGUUACUGGAACUUAUGGAUUUAGGGAAGGUCCACCGUGCCAAAGCCAUUCUCUCACAUCUGGUGAAGUGCAUUGCAGGAGAGGUUGUGUCACUGAAGGACAGAGACACACAUCCAGAGAAACGUGUGCGCUCUCGGACCAUCAGUGCAGGAGGCAGCACAGCCAGAGACUUGAAGAUCUUUAGUCAAAGUGAGAAGUCGUCUCCAGACUACACCGAGAUCAGUUCUGUGCCUCCUCUGCCUCUGUAUGCUCUACUGGCAGCUGAUGAGGACACUGCCCAGAAACCGGAUAAAGUUGGCAGUGUGAGUGGAGACAGUGGGCACGGGUCCAGCCACACAGACGCUUACGACGAGCUGUUUCACACCCCCACCUUAGGAGAGCUGGACACUCUGGAGAAUGACCAAGAGGAAACUGGGAACAAGGUGAUAGACCUGUCCCAGUACAGUCCAACCUACUUUGGACCAGAACAUGCUCAGAUUCUGUCCAGCCACCUCCUCCACUCCAGUUUACCCGGACUCACUCGAAUGGAGCAGAUGUCCCUCAUGGCUUUGGCUGACACCAUAGCAACCACCAGCACUGACCUGAAGGACUGUCAGGACAAGAAUAAAGGAGGGGAGACGCUGGAUGAGUGUGGACUGAAGUUCUUAUUGGCCGUCAGACUUCAUACAUUCCUGUCUACCUCUCUUCCACCUGCAUACAGACUACAGCUGCGACGACAAGGCCUGUCCACCUGCCAUUACGCGUGGGCCUUUCACUCAGACGCUGAGGAGGAGCUGCUGAACAUGCUGCCUGCUCUACAAAAGGAUGAGCCUACCUGGCCUGAGCUCAGGUCCAUGGGGGUGGGCUGGUGGCUGCGCAGUACCAACAAGCUCCGCAGGUGUAUCGAGAAGGUUGCCAAGUCCACUUUUCAGAAAAACAAUGAUCCACUGGAUGCAGCUAUUUUCUAUCUUGCCAUGAAAAAGAAGGCAGUCGUCUGGGGCUUAUACAGAUCUCAAAAGAAUCUCAAAAUGACAGAAUUUUUCAGCCACAAUUUCACAGAGGACCGGUGGAGAAAGGCUGCUCUAAAGAAUGCCUUUUCAUUACUGGGGAAGCAGCGGUUCCAACACUCUGCUGCCUUCUUCCUUCUUGCUGGAUCUCUCAAAGACGCUGUGGAGGUUUGUGUCGAGAAAUUGCAAGAUUUACAACUGGCUCUGGUGAUCUCCAGACUGUAUGAAUCUGAGUUUGAGACGGCGUCCACCUACAAGAAGAUCUUACAGAGGCAUGUUCUAGGGCAAGACAAACAGAUUGGUGGACACAUGGACCCGUUCUUGAGGAGCAUGGCGUACUGGGUUUUGGAGGACUACAGCAGAGCCUUGGACACACUGAUCGAACAGCCUGCUAGCACAAUUACUGAAAGUCCUCAAACUGUCUCCGCAUGUAACCCAGACGUGUUCAACUUCUACACUUACCUCCGCACACACCCUCUCCUUCUUCGCCGCCAUUUCGGUUCCUCUGAUAAAGCCAAAGUGGGUCUGACCGCUGAGUGUCGCCGGGCAGAUUCCAUUAGCCUGGAUGAACGAAGACUGUUUUUCACUGCUGCAUACGCUCAUCUACAAACAGGCUGCCCCAUGUUGGCGUUGGAAGUCCUCUCUAAAAUGCCCAAAGUCCGAAAACGAUCCGAAAGAAGGGAGCUAACUCUGGAAAGUAAGGAUGUGUCAGAGGACUGGUCUCAGGCCGCGGUCAAUGGAUAUGAGUCGGAUAGCUGCUCCAUUAGUCAUUCAGACUCGGUUUUGAGUUUUGAUUGGAGUCAGCCCUCCCUCACACUGCCUGAUGAACCCCUGGAGCUCAAAUGGGACAGUGAUAAAGAAGAGGAGGAAGAGGAGGAGGGAGACGAAGAGGAAAAGGGUCACAACAACAACAACAGUGUGGUACAGGAAGAGGACACACAUAAUGCUGGGUCCUCUUUAAUGGAGUCGGUGCCCGGGGAAGAGUCUGAGGACAGUAAUGACUUUAUCCUACCGUAUGAUGACAUCCUCGCGGCGCAGCUCAAGUUCACCGCCUGUUUAAAGAUCAUGACCAACGAGCUCCGCACACUUUCAACAGGCUAUGAGCUGGACGGAGGGAAGCUACGAUAUCAGCUAUACCAGUGGUUAGAAAGAGAGGUGGUGGCUCUCCAGCAGUGCUGCAGUUACAGACCCAGCCUCCCAGAACAGUGUGUCCAGGGAGAAGGCCUCUUCUCUGGGGUUGGGGAGGAGGAACAGCUUGGCAGUACUGCUUGUGCCCCUCAGAGGAGCAGGAGGCACUGGCUGCUGAGUAACCAGCCUUUACUGCGGAUGUUCCUGAGUUACUGCAGUCUGCACGGCUCCCACGGCGGGGGACUGGCCUCUGUGAGGAUGGAGCUCAUACUACUGCUGCAGGAGUCGCACCAGAAUGAGACGACCCGCCCGGUGACCACCCCCUGCUCCCAGCCUCCGCUCUCCUCCAUCCCUCUCCUUGUAGCCUGCACGUCCAAUGUUAAAACAGUGGUGGCGAAUCCUUUUGUGUAUCUCACCAACCUCAGUCAUGACAUUUUAGAAACCAUCAACGCACUGGACUCUCCUCCUCAUCCGGAUGUGGUCAAUAACAGGAUUUAUGUGCUGCACACUUUGGCUGCCUCUCUGUCAGCCUGCAUCUAUCAGUGUUUAUGUGAUGGACAAACGUACAGCCAUGUGGACCCCUUCACUGGGAUUGUGUAUGAGAGCAUCUUGUUGUCCCAGAAGCAGACCCUUCGAACAGUCAGCAUCGAGGAGUCUGUUCAACCCAACACCUCUCCUGCUCAGUGGCCAGGUAUCGCCGCUUUAAUCCGCGUGCUGAGCUCUGCGGGGGAGGAGAGCCAGCCCGGUCUCUCUGUGCUUCUGUGUGAAAUCCUGACCGCAGUCUACCUCAGCCUGUUUGUGCACGGCAUGGCCACCCACUCCAGCAAUGAGCUCUUCCACAUCAUGGCCCACCCGCUCAACAGCCAGCUCUGGGCCUGUGUGUUCGGAGGAGGAGCUCGGACGCCCAUGAGGGAGAAAGUCUGCAGCCCAGUCAGGACCCCCCCACCAGCUUCUCCAGGUUUCGAUGGCUCAGAGCGAAAGUCCCGGCGUUUCAGGCUCUUGUCGUCUCGCAGUGGUUCAAAGGAGGAGUCUUCGAUGGAGAGAGAAGGACCUCCCAGCCCCAUGUUUGUGCCUGUGGUGGAGAGAGAGGCCACCUCCAUCUUUAAAGAGCAGUUUGUCCCUCCAGACCUCAGCAUUUGGGAUUACUUCAUCGCCAAGCCAUCGUUGCCUCCAUCCGAAAACCGCAUUGACUAUGACUCAGAGGCAAGUGUAGACAGUGAGGAUGAUGAAGAUGACGAAGACUAUGAAGACGUGUUUGACCCCAACUCACCACAAAGAGAGCACUCGAACAAUAAUUCAUACAGUUGGUGCCUAAUGCGUUUAGCCAUGGUUCAGUUGGUGCUGGUCAACCUCAAGUCCUUUUAUCCUAUGGCCGGAUAUGAUCUAUUAGACCUGCCUGUGGCCUCUCCUCUGUGUCAUGCUGUGCUGAAAACCCUACAGCGAUGGGAGCAGGUGUUGCAAAAGAGACUGGAGCUCUUCGGUGGACCUCCUUCAAAAUACAUCUCCACUCACCUCCUGGAUGAAACGCCUGGCCCCGCCCUUCUCAGACACAAGGCCCUGUUUGAACCCACCAACACCCCAUUCAGAUCAAGUCAUCACUCAACUCUACCAGUAAAACGAUUAUGGCAGUUUUUGGUAAAACAAGAAGAAGUACAAGAGACUUUUAUUAGAAACAUUUUCACCAAAAAACAGGACCCAAAUGAGUCAAUUGAGGACCAAACUGACAUAGUGAAAUGUCCAGGAAUGGACGAAAACGGAAGGAAUCAGUCUGAGUCAGACUCGGCCAGCUCCGGUGGGAAAGCACGAAUCAUCCACAAGGAGUCAGACAUCAUCACUGCUUUUGCCAUUAACAAGGCAAACCGCAACUGUUUAGUCAUGGCCUCCACCCAUGACAUUCAAGAGCUCGAUGUGUCAUCCAUCUUGGCAACACAAAUCUUGACGUGGAUCGAUGAUGAUGAGGCUGAAGCCAAAAGUGUGGGUGGAGAUGAGUUCCUGGUGGUCCAUGCCCGUGAUGACUUUGCUGCUCUACAUGGGACCACCCCGUACACCCACAGCAGCCCUGGGACCCCCAUAAACAUGCCCUGGUUAGGAGGAGUCCAGACCGGACGAGGGGCAGCUGUGAUGAUCAAAAGAAACAUCAACAAUGUGAGAAGAAUGGCCUCCCAUCCCACGCUGCCCUACUAUUUAACUGGUGCUCAAGAUGGCAGCGUGCGGAUGUUCGAGUGGGGUCAUUCUCAACAGAUUAUCUGCUUUCGGAGUCCAGGAAACUCCAGAGUCACUCGCAUACGAUUCAGUCACCAAGGCAACAAGUUUGGUAUUGUGGAUGCGGAUGGCGGUUUGAGCCUGUGGCAAACUAACACCAGUGGAGCGGCGCCCAAGCCAUAUCUGACUCUACAAUGCCACAACAAAACAGCUAACGACUUUGUCUUCGUAAGCUCCUCGUCGCUAAUCGCUACAGCUGGACUUUCCACAGACAACAGGAAUGUGUGUGUAUGGGACACUCUGGUCCCGCCCGCCAACAGCCUCGUACAUGCGUUCUGUUGCCAUGACUCCGGUGCGACGGUCCUGUGUAUGGCCCCUCGGCAGCAGCUGCUCAUCACGGGUGGGAGGAGGGGCUGGGUCAGUGUCCUGGAGCUCUCCCACCGACACCAGAGACAGAGCUUCCAGGCCCACGACUCCCCGGUCAAAGCGCUCGCCCUGGACCCCACCGAGGACUGCUUCAUCAGUGGAUCCUCUGAAGGAAACAUCAAGGUGUGGAGUCUGAGCACACAGACGCUGCUCUACACCUUCCCAAAUGAACACGCGCGCCAAUCCCUCUUCCGUAACCUCGGAACGGGGGUCAUGCAGAUCGAGGUGGGACCGGCCAAUCACAUCUUCUCCUGCGGCGCCGACGGGACCAUGAAGCUUAGGCUCCUCCCCAACCGCUUCAACGUCAUCAACAAUAACCACUGCAACCUCAAGAGUGACGUCAAGUAUAUCAUUUAAGCUAUAGUGCACAUUUUUGGACACUGCAAUGAUGAAGAGAGACUAAAGACACAAGAUACACUGUCAAAAAGAUUCUCUAGAUGCAUUGAAAUGACUUGAAUUCUUAAUAUUAAUGCUCUGAGUAGUUUUGACUAGUUUAGAUCGACCUUGUUAAUUGUAUUAAGCUUGUUUUGAUACAUUUAGUUUGUUUAAAAUCAAAAGUAUCUGCUAAUGGGGUACUGCAGUCACUCGGUAUAGAGUACUGAAUAUUAAGUUUUAAGACAAUAUAAUGUUAAUGUUUUCAACACAAAAUAAUGUUUGUAUGGUUUUGCACUCAAUUGAGAAUGUAUUUUUGAUUCUACUUUUAGUUUUAAUUUGCUUCUAGGUACCGUUUUUUUACAACCCUACAAUGGGGUAAGAAUAUAACACCUUUAAAGAUACUCAAAGUACUAUUUUGUACUUCUGAAGUCACAUUUGCUCUGGGUUAGACUGACAGAAGCGAGUCUGCACCAUCAACCCCUCCAACAACGAUCUCAAACUUAAUUCACUCACAAAAAAACAUUCGUACAUGAGUGAAGCGUCUUGCUCAAUGACACAGUACUACAUUUUUGGGUUGGUGGUUGAACUUUUUAACCAGUUCCCCUCACUGAUGUAGUUUACCCUAUUGACAGAUGUAUUUAAUAUUAACAAAAUAACAAAAAGAUCUUGAUUCCAAACAGAAAUGUCAUGGAAAAGGUUCAGUAAUCUCUCUUAUAAUUAAUUCAAAGACAAAGUACUCAUAAAAGUACAGAUUAUAUUUUGAAUACAAGUCAUUUUAACGCCAUAUAUUCCUUUUUUACAGUGUACACAGACUUUGACUUUUGCAGUAAUGUGAAACUGAAACCUCCGUCAUUCUCGUUUUUGACCGAGGCGUCACAGGGUACGGACGAAGAGCACAGAAAUCUAUUGAAGAAGAAGACUGCCUUUUUGCACAUGCAAUAGUAACACGUGAAAAACUAAACUACCGUUGUCUUGGGUACAGCUCUCCUCCAUCACUUCCCCCUUUUUUGCAGUGUUGAAAGAAACCCUAAAACAAAACCUCUCGCUCGCACCACUCGCUGUAGGUUGCGUUCACGGGACAUAACGUUUUUGAGAUUAAUUAAAAAGCUUCAGGGUUCAGAGUUAAUUCGAGGGUUAAUUUUGCGUUUUAAGUGUCAAAAAUUAAAAAGUUUCGACCUGGUUUAUGGUUAAUAUCUCUGCACUUACUAGUCCUAUCCUCAUGAAACAAAAACUAUCUUAAACGUCAGCGUCUUCUCUUUUAUGCUUGUCUCCAUGGUGAUGUUAUUUGUCUAGAAUGUUUCACAGUAUGGCUUUAAAUGUACAAUGUGAUGUGAUGCUGGGUCAGAUCCGUUCUCUGUACAAAUGCGUUUUUUUGGGUUAUUUUUUUGGACGACAACGUAAGUAAUAGAAUAAAUCCAAGCUAGAUUAGUUUAAUGCCAUACUACGGAACAUUCCAAGCAAAGCAAUAACAUCUCCUCAGAGCAGGGAGCGAACCCUGAUCAGAAAAGUUGCACACUGAAAUUAAUAUGGCAAAUUUUGUGAACCAAAUUCCUAACAAAAUGCAUCUCAGUUUGGUUAUUUCUUGCGUAAAUCGUGAAUCGUUCGUCUGAAAUGAUUAUCAAAUUUCCAAAUGCCGUGAACGCAACCUACUAAUACAAAGUAGUAAGUUCGGAGUACGACGCACAUCGUAUCUGUUCAAACAACUGUCCCAUUCUGGUGCUCCGGGACUAAUUAGCCAGCGGAGGACCACUUUUUGUAACGAUCAAAACUGAAAACUAUAGAGCCAUUUUAUAUAUUAGCUUUUAGGCUAUUCGAUGUGUUGAUUUUUACGUCUUCAAAUAACACAUCUAGUUUUGCUGAUACGAUUCUAGAUGCGCCAUGUCUCUAUAUUUGCACAUAGAUUAAAAAAAAAUACGUACUACAGGUAGGCUAAGUAUUUGGUAUUCAGAUUAGUAUAUAUAUAUCUAUACAGUAGUAGUAAAUAUGUGUUAAUUCUGCCUAUAUGGUACCCGUAAAUAAUAUGAUAAGUGUCCUUACUCCUUAAAUUACUUCUAUUACUGCACAGUAUAGUGGUUUCUCUAAGGUUAACUAGUUGCACAGGCUGGCUUUAAUUUUAAAAAGCAAUGUGUAAAACUACUAGGUGGAUUUUUGUGCUUAGAAAAUGUAGCAGAUUUAUUUUUUUUUGCUUCGAACAAUGGCAGUGUUUUAAUUUUUGUGAGUUUUUAUUUGCGCAAAAACAACGUGGCACUUUUUAUUGCUUUAAUUCAAGGACCAUUUUUUUUUUCAAACCGCCUUGAAAAGUUUAAUUUGCCUUCCUUAUUUGUCGUUUUAUUUCGAAAGCGCUCGUACGCAGAUGCAGCAGGUGGUGUAAUGAUGCUAAAGAUAAAUUAUAAAAGUUUGCUAUUUUGCGACGCUAACUGCCAACUGCCCGUAUAAUGUUGAGAUGUUGUUGAGAAAGACUUAGGACUUUGUUUUAUAGUUAGUUUAAAUUCAGGGAGGACGACGCGGCGAUUUUAUGAAGCUGAUAAACGGCAGUUAAGUGUAGACAGAUCCAUAAACUUCACUUUCUAUAGCUGCAUUAUUAUUCUAACUAUAAAAAUUUGGGGCUCACCUUAUUUUACACUACACUACUAAAACAUUGUACUAUACCUGAUUAUAGAGCUCAUAUUAUGAUAUUUUCUGUCGUUUCUUUGUUAAAAACAGACCUGGAGAUGUUGUUUUGUUUCAUUCACGCAUGUUUGAGUGUUUAUUAUUAGUCUGUCUACAUCUCCAAAGCUCAAAAUGCUCAUGAAAUGGUAAUUUUAAAAAGUUAACCUCGAUUUUUUACCAUUUGUUUAGUAGAGAUUGGCAGUUCCAGGGCUAAAAUAAUCCAAAUGAGAUGAAUGAAUUGUAGUGAAGGUGUAUGGAGUUGUAUGGAGCCCUUGAAUCUUUUUUAAUCUGGCCCACCAAACUUGAAUAAUAAUCAUAAUUUUCAGUGUUUUCAGUUAAUAGUAAAUACCGUGGGACUUGAAAGACAGAUAUUUUGUUGUAAUGAUUUUCAAUUAUGGGAUAUUUCAAUAACAUGGGAUAUAUUUUCUACAUAUCAAUUGUUAUUUUUUUCUCUAAUGAGGUGGAUUACCAAAAAACUCCAUCCAUCUGCUCCUGGUCUGUCAAAUUUUAGAACCCUUUGUGGCCCACGAGUCAAAAAGUUUGCCCACCCCUGAGUUAGACUGAUAAGAACUCUAGAAACACAGUCUAGAAAUGCAGGAUUUGUGUGUUAAAUAUGCGUGAAUGAAAGUGUUUUUGAAGAAGAAACUGCAUUAUAAUGUAGAUCAGAAAAUAUCUUGGUAACACUUUAGUUUAGGGACCACAUAUUAAUGACUAACUAAGUGGUAAUUGGUGCUUAUUAGCUGUUACUUAGCUAUUAGGUGGUAUUAAUCAAAUGUUUAUUAAUGCCUAUUAAGAUUUCAGUGACUGCACAAAACAUCUACUGUAAUCUCCACUGCUGUAAUGGAAAGAAAAUAUUUAAUGGGUUAGUAAUUGCAAAAUACGGCCUUAGAGAAAAUGCAAUGAAACUACUUUAUAAAGAUGAACAAAGAUGGAAUUAAGCACUUAUUAUGCAUUUUACUAUUAACUAGAUUAGUGACCUCAUAUGAACAGCUAAAGUGUUACCAAUAUCUUAAUACAGGUACAUUUAAACAGGUAAUUACAGUGUAUUAGGACAAGUGUAAAAUUGAGUGUUUCCAAAUGUAAUUAAUCCAUCCAAUAUGAAGAAUCUCUUUGUACAGAUGUAUUUAAGAAAUAUAGGACAUAACUUAUCACAGUGCAUUUUUGCCUUUUCUUUGUUGCCAAUUUCUUCUCAACUUUCUCCUGGAGGAUCUGAGCUUGAAUCACUUUGCUUUUGUUUUUAUCACACCUGCAGAAACUGGAAAUCAUUUUAACUAUUGCGUUUAUUAUAACUCCAAAGGAGACGUGAUACAGACAUUUUAUGGAAGUAGUUUUCUCAAAAUGCUUUUAGUGUGUAGCUGUUUGGGCGAGUUCUGUUCACGGACUCGACUUAAUCUCCGAACCAAAUUGAUGAGAUUUUUCUUGCAAAUGUGAAAUCUAAUUUUAUAAUUCAGAUCUUGUGUAAAAUGAUCUAUUGUAUAAAGUCCAUGUACAAAUGUAAUAAACUAUUAACUGAUAAAA